AUGUGCCAGCACUGGGAUGGAGGAUCCGUGCGGGACCACCGCGCUCUGUGCGGAGACAUCAGGCUCUGCAGGGGGGUUCCCGUCUCUAUGCACCGAGGGCUUCCAUCCCUCUGUAUCCAACCCCCCUCCCCCUGCAGCGAGGUGAGGAGGAGAAGGUAGAGGAGGACCCGGCAGCGGCGGCGUGCUGUGAAAGAAGGGGGCACCGCGUUCACGCGCCUCUACCCGUGCAGCCCCGGUGCGGGGCUUUGGGAAAGAAGGGGGGGAAGCGGGGAAGGAGGAGGGGGGGCCCGCGCUGCUCCGCACCGCCCUCAUUGGCGGCCCGGUUGGCGCCGGGGCGCGGGGCGGGGAGGGAGCGGCUCCCCCGCACCGCCGCGGCUGCUGCCGGCACCGGCCAUGUGCCGAGAGGAUCCCCGCUGCCGGCUCUCCCGCUCGGUUCCCUGAGCCGGCAUCGGCCUUCCGUCUUGUUUAUCAUUCACUUUAUUUAUACCCCCCCCCCCUCCCCGCAAAUCACUGUUAUUAUUAUUAUUAUUUUAAUUUAUUAAUUUUAUUUGUUUAUUUAUUUCUACUCUUCUCCUUUUUUUUUUUUUUUUUUUAUUUUUUUUUUUUUCUUCAUUCCCGCAUUGAUGCGUUCCGAGCUGGAGACUUCAGGAGACGACGCGGUCCUCACCUGAGCGAUCCGGCACCAUUCCCCCGCUUGAAGGCUGUUAAUGGAGAAGAGGGCGAAUGACAGCCGGGACCGUGGUCAUCACAGGUGGAAUAUUAGCAACUGUCAUUUUACUUUGUAUCAUCGCUGUCCUCUGCUACUGUAGGCUCCAGUACUACUGCUGCAAGAAGGAUGAAUCCGAGGAGGAUGAGGAGGAGCCCGACUUCGCCAUGCACUCCCACAUCCCUCCGCUCCACUGCAACCGCAACGUAGUGCUGACCAACGGGCCGUCCCUCUACGGCUCCUCACCCUUCAGCAAGAAGGCAACGCCGAGUCGCAGCGGCUGCCCGGGCUGCGGGCAGUAUGAGCCUCCAACCUUCUUCCUGCAGGAGCCCCCUGAGGAGCUGCACAACGGGGGGGACCGGGUCAGCUUCCAGACCGUCAGCCAGGAGGAGCUCGACCUGCCGGUGAGCGUGGGUAACCUGCAGGCUCUCAACCCCAACCGGCUCUCAGCCAUGCGUGAAGCCUUCUCCCGCAGUCGCAGCAUCAGCACCGACGUGUGAGCCCUGCGCUGCAUGGAGGACUUCUUAUAAUCCACCACAGUGUUUUAAAAUAAAAUUUAAAGGGAAAAAAAAAAAAAAAAAG